AUGGCACACGCAAGCUCCGCCGCUAACCCACGCUUGGGUCAGCGUCGCACCUCCUCUACUUCAUUUCAAUACGAUACAAGGAAUGUCAACGGCUGGGAUGAUAUCUUCAGCGGCUUCGACAUCACCGACCCAGCUAAGCAGAAAGUCGUCAAGGAUCAAGCGGAGAAGGUCCUGCUAAAGGUAAACCCUAAGCUUAUUAAGUACCAAGGCAAUUAUGGCCAGAUAAAGCUACAAGAGCAUGUCAAGAAGGCGUACGAUCAAUUUCCAGAGUUCUGUUAUGCGCCAACUAAGUGGAGAACCUUGGCUAUAACAAAGUUGCUCGGCAUAGCUAGGUCGAACUUCCUACGAACAAAACGUGGCCAAGCAUACAUAAAGAAUGAGCGGCUAGAUAGGAGUGGCUUAGGUGAUGACGGCCACAGGAAACGGAAACAACAUGUUUCUCCGGAUUCGGACAACGAAGGACCACACACGAUAAAGCGUAGACGAGCCGAGCAUAGCGACGACCAGGACAACGAAGAGGACGAGGAUGCGGGCGACUCUGACGACAGCGAUGCUCUUACGGCCGGCAUCAGUGUACUGGGCAUACAGGACAAGGAGCGUCGGCGGGCAAAGAGUGCUACCAACGCUGCGGAUAGCAAAAUGCUGCACCUUAUUCAUUGCUCUUCCGGCAAGGUUAUGGGCAUAGUUGAACUAGCAUCCAUCUCCUAUGGGCCUAUCGCGCGCUGGGAGACGCUCGUAGACGAAGUAAAGGCUUACGAGGAUCUCCUCGGGUCACCCUUUACGGGCUCCCUCUACGUCUCCCCACGCGACCACCAGAACAUGCCAGUGAGGAUCCAGGGCAGCUUGCUCGCGGCACUGAAGGAGGUCGAGGAUGGGAUAGACGUGCGCAUAUCCACUGCACCCCGAGUGAGGACACGGAAAUGA